AUUGUUUUAUACAAGAUUAAUAUUCGUACUCGUUGCGUAAUGUCAUGAGAUUUCAUCAUUGUUUCCUACGAAUGUAAAUGAAAAAAAAAUAAGAAUAUCAAUGAGCUAUAAUUUGUGAUAUUUUAUAACCUACGCGAUAGAAACAUUUCACUCUAUCUGAUGCAUUUGUGCUGUCAUAUUUUGUAUUGUUUAUAUUAAUAUUUUUUUGUGUUUCGCCGGUUAGUUCAUACAAACAUUUGGAAACAUAUCUUAAAUUACAAAAAUGCUUAAGCAUGGCACAUUGAAACUAAAUUGUGUAGGUGGUAAUCCAAUUAGUACUAUCAGGGGUUUGUCAGCACAAGCUUCAGGCACAGUACCCAAAAGAAAUUUAACAAGCAGUGAUGUACAAGCAGAUGACGUAUUAUUUAAAGAUAUUGGAAAUAAAGGUGUGAUCACCUUAAACCGACCAAAAGUACUCAAUGCUUUAAAUUUAUCAAUGGUCGAGAAAAUAUAUCCGGUAUUGAAAAAGUGGGAAACAUCUAAAAAAUUAGUGAUAGUAGAGGGUGCAGGGGAAAAAGCAUUUUGUGCAGGAGGCGAUGUAAAAUCACUUGUUAAUGCAUUAAGGGAAAGUGAGAAUAGUACAUUGGGUGAAACGUUUUUCAAAAAUGAAUAUACAUUAAAUCACCUCAUUGGAACAUAUAAAAUCCCAUACGUGGCUGCAAUAGAUGGAAUAACUAUGGGAGGUGGUGUUGGCUUGUCUGUUCAUGGUAAAUAUCGUAUUGCAACAGAAAGAACAUUAUUUGCUAUGCCAGAAACUGCAAUAGGAUUAUUUCCUGAUGUUGGUGGAUCAUAUUUCUUACCCAGACUUCAGGGCAAAUUGGGAUUGUAUCUUGGUUUAACUGGAGAUCGAUUAAAAGGCAUUGACGUAUUUCUUGCUGGUAUCGCAACACACUUUGUUCCUUCCGCAAAGUUGUCAGAUUUAAAACAAGAUUUAUUGACAAUUGAACAACCUGAUGUUAAGGAAGUCUUAAACAAGUAUCAACCUGAACGAUUAAAUCAAGAAUUCUCUUUAGCACCAUAUAUGAGUAAAAUUGAUAAGUGUUUUUCUGUAUCAUCUAUUGAAGAGUUAAUACAGAGAUUGAAAGAGGAUAAUUCAGAGUGGGCUGAGAAAACAUUAAACAUGUUAUCGAAAGCAUCUCCAACUUCUUUAAAAGUUACUAUGCGUGCUAUUCAAAGUGGGAGUACAUUAAAUCUGGCAGAUUGUUUAAAAAUGGAAUAUAGAUUAGCAUGCGCUGCUAUGAGUAAAACUAGCGAUUUUUGUGAAGGUGUUAGAGCUCUUUUAAUUGAUAAAGAUCAAAAGCCAAACUGGAAACCAAACAGCUUAACGGAUGUAACGGAUGAUUAUGUGAGCGAAAAGUUUCGAAAAUUUCCAGAAGAAAAAGAAUUGAAACUUUGAUGUUAGAUUAGAGCUAUAUAGAAGAAACUAGUACAAGUGGCAGUCAUUAAAUAUAAAAACAAUAUGCUUUAUUUGCAGAAAACAAAAUAUGUAUAAGUACAAUUACUACGCUGAUACAUAAAAAACUUCAACGUCCAAAAUC